CGCCGGAUCCAGCUCCACGCAGCCACCGGUCACCGGUGGUUCGCUACCUUCUUCGCCGGUGGUGCCUCCGGUGAUUGGGUCCUCGCGAUUCGAUGCCGUCCUCGGCGAUGCUCCCCUGGCGCCUCGUCGUCCCGCUCCUCGCCGUCGUCUCCGUGCCUUUCACCCUCCCGCUCGCUCUCCCGUUCCUCCUCCGCCACUCGACGCCCUCCGGUCAGGCUAUCUCCGUUCACCGCCUCGACUGGAUCCCUUCCCUGUCCCCUCGCGUCCCAGAACAAUCAACUCCACCGCCGCCGCCGCCGCCGAUGCCGCUGACGCUUGCGGUGGUACCAACAACGAUGUCGUCGACUUCUCCGCCACCGCCCGACAAACGGGGUGACGACGACGACGAGGCUGGUGGAGCGACGUGCGACUUGUACGACGGGGAGUGGGUGCGCGACGAGGGGGCGCGGCCGCUGUACGCGCCGGGGACGUGCCCCUACGUGGACGAGGCGUACGCCUGCGCGUCGAACGGCCGGCCGGACGCCGCGUACACGCGGUGGCGCUGGGCGCCGCGCCGGUGCCGCCUCCCCAGGUUCAACGCGACGGAUUUCCUGGCGAGGCUGCGCGGCAAGCGGCUGAUGCUCGUUGGCGACUCCAUGAACCGGAACCAGUUCGAGUCCCUGCUCUGCAUCCUCCGCGAGGCCCUCCCCGACAAGACGCGGAUGUUCGAGACCCAUGGCUACAAGAUCACCAAGGGCAGAGGCUAUUUCGUCUUCAAGUUCGUGGAUUACGACUGCACCGUGGAGUUCGUGCGGUCGCACUUCCUGGUCCGUGAAGGGGUGCGCUACAACCGGCAGCGGAACUCCAACCCGAUCCUCCAGAUCGACCGGAUCGACAAGACGGCGAGCCGGUGGAGGAAGGCCGACGUCCUCGUCUUCAACACCGGCCACUGGUGGACGCACGGCAAGACGGCAAGAGGCAAGAACUACUACAAGGAAGGCAACACGCUGUACCCGCAAUUCGACUCGACUGAAGCUUACAGGAGAGCUCUCAGGACAUGGGCUCGGUGGAUCGACAAGAACGUGAACCCUGCCAAGAGCGUCGUCUUCUACCGAGGCUACUCCACCGCGCAUUUCAGGGGAGGGGAGUGGGACUCCGGCGGCUCGUGCAGCGGGGAGACGGAGCCGGCGUUCAGGGGAGCGGUGGUCGGCAGCUACCCGCCGAGGAUGAGGAUCGCGGAGGAGGUGGUCGGCCGGAUGCGGUUCCCGGUGCGGCUGCUCAACGUGACGAAGCUGACCAACUUCCGGAAGGACGGGCACCCGUCAGUGUACGGCAAGGCGGCGGCGGCGGCGGGGAGGAAGGUGUCCAGGAGGAAGCAGGACUGCAGCCACUGGUGCCUCCCCGGCGUGCCGGACGCGUGGAACGAGCUGAUCUACGCGUCCCUCGUGCUGGAACCCAAGCCCAAAUCAUGGAAACACCAUUAGACCAGUAGUUUUGUUAUUAGUUCGUACGAUGAGUUACAGAAGAGGGUGAUUUUUCAAAAAUAGAAAAUAGUGUGCGUGUGUUUCGUUUCGUUUUGAUCAUUAACUGUGCUGGCAAACUGAAAAUGGGCUUGAUAUUUGUCUACCUGGGGUGCUUUUAGGGUACCUUACUUAGAAACGUAACAGUGUAAUAGGUGCAUCUGUCACCAUUGAUUUUAGUGGAUAUUUUUGUCAUUUACAUAAAUAAAGAGGGACAAAUUAGUCCUUUUGUUUUAUUUAUUGAGUAAGCCGAUCGAGAUA